CACAGCGGACACGUCCUCACAGCGGACACGUCCUCACAGCGGACACGUCCUCACAGCGGACACGUCCUCACAGCGGACACGUCCUCACAGCGGACACGUCCUCACAGCGGACACGUCCUCACAGCGGACACGUCCUCACAGCGGACACGUCCUCACAGCGGACACGUCCUCACAGCGGACACGUCCUCACAGCGGACACGUCCUCACAGCGGACACGUCCUCACAGCGGACACGUCCUCACAGCGGACACGUCCUCACAGCGGACACGUCCUCACAGCGGACACGUCCUCACAGCGGACACGUCCUCACAGCGGACACGUCCUCACAGCGGACACGUCCUCACAGCGGACACGUCCUCACAGCGGACACGUCCUCACAGCGGACACGUCCUCACAGCGGACACGUCCUCACAGCGGACACGUCCUCACAGCGGACACGUCCUCACAGCGGACACGUCCUCACAGCGGACACGUCCUCACAGCGGACACGUCCUCACAGCGGACACGUCCUCACAGCGGACAGCUCACGACGCUGCGAGGGGGCUGA